UGACCAGCUCCCCGGCCCCCGGGAGCCGCCGCGGGCGGGCUGCUGAGGUGGCUGUCGCCGGCUCCGAGCUACGGCUUCCCGGGUCGAGCCCCCGAUGGAGGCCGAGGCCAUGGACGUGCCCCCAGGCGGGGUCGAGGCGGCGCUCAGCUGCUUCUCUUUCAACCAAGACUGCACAUCCCUAGCAAUUGGAACCAAAGCUGGCUACAAGCUGUUUUCUUUGAGUUCUGUGGAGCAACUGGACCAAGUCCAUGGAAGCAAUGAAAUCCCUGACGUGUACAUUGUGGAGCGCCUCUUCUCCAGCAGCCUGGUGGUGGUGGUCAGUCACACGAAACCCCGGCAGAUGAAUGUGUAUCACUUCAAGAAGGGCACAGAGAUCUGUAAUUACAGCUACUCCAGCAACAUCUUGUCCAUAAGACUGAACCGGCAGAGGCUGCUGGUGUGCCUGGAGGAGUCCAUUUAUAUACACAACAUUAAAGAUAUGAAGCUGUUGAAGACCCUCCUGGAUAUUCCUGCAAACCCAACAGGUCUGUGUGCCCUCUCUAUCAACCAUUCCAAUUCUUACCUGGCCUAUCCUGGAAGCCUGACAACAGGCGAGAUUGUGCUUUAUGAUGGAAACUCCCUGAAAACCGUCUGUACCAUCGCUGCCCAUGAAGGGACGCUGGCCGCCAUCGCCUUCAACUCCUCAGGCUCCAAACUAGCAAGCGCAUCUGAGAAAGUGAGUAUACACCAGCAUCUCCCGCCGUCAGGGACCCGCGUUCUUUGGCUCACUGCCUGUGUUGCUGUUCCUAGGUAUGUGACAAUCAGCUCCCUAGUUUUCAGCAUGGACUCGCAGUUCCUGUGCGCCUCCAGCAACACUGAAACCGUGCACAUCUUCAAGCUGGAGCACCUCACCACCAGUCGCCCAGAAGAACCUUCCACCUGGAGUGGCUACAUGGGAAAGAUGUUCAUGGCUGCUACCAACUACCUCCCCGCCCAGGUGUCGGACAUGAUGAAUCAGGACAGGGCUUUUGCCACCGGACGCUUGAACUUCUCGGGGCAGAGGAAUAUCUGCACCCUCUCCACGAUCCAGAAACUGCCAAGGCUGCUAGUCGCCUCCUCCAGCGGACACCUUUACAUCUACAACCUGGACCCGCAGGAUGGAGGAGAGUGUGUCCUAAUCAAGACCCACAGCUUGCUCGGCUCCGGAUCCACAGAAGAGAACAAAGAAAACGACCUCAGACCUUCCUUACCUCAGACGUACGCAGCGACUGUAGCCAGGCCCAGCUCGUCUUCCACCUCCACUGUGCCAGGAUACUCUGAGGACGGCGGGGCGCUCCGCGGAGAGGUCAUUCCAGAACAUGAGUUUGCCACGGGACCAGUGUGUCUUGAUGAUGAGCGUGAAUUUCCCCCUAUAAACUUGUGCCGUGGAAGUCAGAAGGGCAAAACGAAGCAGUCCUGACGAGUUGUGCACCUCAGAAACAAGAGGACACCCCCUGUCAGGUGGUUUUGGAGAGAACAAGGAAGGUGGAAGAAUGGAGUGCGAUUGUGUGAGCAGAAAGGGACAGUCCUGGGUGCUGCACUGCCUAAGCCACAGGACGCGGCUAACGCCUCACCAAGCCCCUCGGCCCUGGCUGCCUGUGGGCAUGGGGGACACUGUAUCCAUACCACGCUGUUUAAAAUACCUUCAAACCACAGUGUAAAUGUUAGCUAACCAUAUUGGUCUAUAACCGGGAUUUUAUAUGAAAAAGGGCAUCCUUUUUAAAUGUAUGCUGUGUAAAAAAAUGUACGUAUAGGAAAAUCUCUUUGAAUUGUAUUUCUUGUAUAUUACAUACAUGUAGAGAGAGACUAUUUUAGCCAGGCAAAGUAUUUUUGCAGUGAUUGGAAUAAAUCAUUCAUUACCUUCAAGUCCCAUUUAGGACACUAAUAAUAAAAUCAUGGCAAUGCA